GCUAUCAACUUUCUUAUACCUAAACUUAUUGACACUGACUUUCUUGCACAUGUCAUUAUAUACUUUAACUGUACUUAUAAUGAAUCUUCUAACUAUUCCACAAUAACUAAAUUUUACAAAGAAAAAGCAUUACCAGAAGCUAAAGCUAUUCUACAUAAAAAAUUCUAUAUUAAAUUCAAGAUACCAACAUCUAUCACAGAGUUACUCUUCUUAGAACAAGAAGAACAAGCUCCUUUUCAAUAA